AUGGCCAUGCCCAUCACCACCAUCGCCGAGACCAAGGAGCUCCGUGGGCUCAACCUCAUCGCUGCGCAUUCGCACAUUCGCGGGCUCGGCGUCGACGAUGACACGCUCGAGCCAAAAGUCUCGUCGCAGGGCCUGGUCGGGCAGGCAAAAGCUCGUAAGGCGGCGGCUGUCAUUCUCAAGAUGGCGCGAGACGGCAAGAUUGCAGGUCGCGCAGUCCUGAUUGCCGGCCCCCCAAGCACAGGCAAAACGGCCAUUGCCAUGGGCAUGGCGCAAUCCCUCGGCCCCGACGUGCCCUUUACUAUGCUGGCCUCGUCCGAGAUCUUCUCGCUCGAAAUGUCAAAGACGGAGGCUCUCACACAAGCCUUCCGCAAGUCGAUUGGCGUCCGGAUAACCGAGGAGAGCGAGGUCAUUGAGGGCGAGGUUGUCGAGAUACAGAUUGACCGCAGCGUCACUGGGAGCAACAAGCAGGGCAAGCUAACCAUCAAGACGACCGACAUGGAGACGGUCUACGACAUGGGCACCAAGAUGAUUGACGGUAUGACCAAGGAAAAGGUCAUGGCCGGCGACAUCAUCUCCAUUGACAAGGCCUCGGGCAAGAUCACCAAGCUCGGCCGCUCCUACACGCGCUCACGAGACUACGAUGCCAUGGGGGUUGACACAAAGUUUGUCCAGUGCCCCGAAGGCGAGUUGCAACAGCGGCGCGAGGUGGUGCACACAGUCAGCCUGCAUGAGAUCGACGUCAUCAACUCGAGGACCCAGGGCUUCCUGGCUCUCUUCUCAGGCGACACAGGCGAGAUCCGCAGCGAGGUGCGCGACCAAAUCAACACGAAGGUGGCCGAGUGGAAAGAGGAGGGCAAGGCAACCAUUGUGCCAGGUGUGCUGUUCAUCGACGAGGUCCACAUGCUCGACAUUGAGUGUUUCUCGUUUGUCAACCGUGCGCUCGAGGACGAGCUGGCACCCAUUGUCAUCAUGGCUAGCAACAGAGGAAACACACAGAUACGCGGAACAGACUACCGGUCACCACACGGACUGCCACUGGACUUUUUAGAUCGCGUUGUCAUUGUUAACACGCACCCAUAUUCGUCGGAAGAGAUGCAGCAAAUCAUCUCGAUAAGAGCACAAGAAGAGGAGGUUGAUGUGUCUCCAGAUGCGCUAGCAUUGCUUACCAAGAUCGGGCAGGAGGCUGGAUUACGGUACGCCAGCAAUCUGAUCACCACCUCUGACCUGAUACGCGGCAAGAGGAACGGUUCCGAAGUUACGAUUGAGGAUGUGCAGCGGAGCUUUGCGCUUUUCUACGACCCAAACCGAAGCGUCAAGUUUGUUUCCGAGUCAGAGAAGCGUCUGAUUGGCGAUGCGGGUGAUGUAUCUUUUGCCGUGGCCAACGGUACGGAUGCCAUGGAUGUUUCAUAG